AACACACGCAUUCUCUGCAAACCAAUUGCCAUCAAUGGCUGCAGUGAAGGGAUUGUAUGGAUCGCUAGAUGAGUUCUUGAAGCAGUGUUCACAGUCGGGUGACUCUGCCUACAGUGCAUUCAGAUCACUCUUGGAGCGCCUCGAGAAUCCGGAGACCCGAACCGAAGCCAGGGUGUUCUUCGCACAUCUCCAGAAAAAGCUCGACAGCGAUGGAGCCUCUCAAUAUUGUCUUGAUACUUACCAUUUCCAAAUCCAAGAUAUAUACCUCGAACGAAAUGAAGGUUACCAGAAGAGAAAAAAAUUAACGAUGAUGGUGAUACCAAGCAUCUUUAUGCCAGAAGAUUGGUCCUUUACUUUCUAUGAGGGUUUGAAUAGACAUCCAGACUCUAUCUUUAAGGAUAAGAUAGUUGCCGAGCUUGGUUGUGGAAACGGGUGGAUUUCCAUAGCCAUUGCUGAGAAGUGGUUGCCAUUGAAGGUUUAUGGCCUUGAUAUAAAUCCAAGAGCAGUAAAAAUUUCAUGGAUAAAUUUGUAUUUAAAUGCUUUCGAUGAGAACGGGCAGCCCGUUUAUGACCACGAGAAGAAAACUUUGCUCGACAGGGUAGAGUUUUACGAAUCUGAUCUACUAUCUUACUGCAGAGAUAACCACAUAGAGCUUGAACGGAUUGUUGGGUGCAUACCACAGAUUCUAAAUCCAAAUCCAGAUGCAAUGUCCAAGCUUAUUACAGAAAAUGCCAGCGAAGAGUUUCUACAUUCACUCAGUAACUAUUGUGCACUUCAGGGAUUUGUUGAGGAUCAGUUUGGUCUAGGUCUUAUUGCUAGGGCAGUUGAAGAAGGAAUUGAUGUCAUCAAGCCUAUGGGAAUCAUGAUCUUCAAUAUGGGAGGCCGUCCAGGGCAAGGUGUUUGUAAGCGCCUAUUUGAACGUCGUGGGCUCCGUGUUAACAAGCUGUGGCAGACCAAAAUUCUUCAGGCUUCUGACACAGAUAUUUCAGCCUUGGUAGAAAUUGAGAAGAAUAAUCCACACCGUUUUGAGUUCUUCAUGGGACUUGUUGGAGACCAGCCAAUUUGCGCUAGGACAGCAUGGGCCUUUGGAAAGGCUGGUGGACGGAUUUCUCAUGCUUUGUCUGUUUACAGCUGUCAGCUUAGACAACCCAAUCAGGUGAAGAAAAUCUUUCAGUUUCUCAAAAACGAAUUUCAUGAUAUCAGCAACUCCUUAGAUUUAUCAUUUGGAGAUGAUUCUGUUGCUGAUGAGAAGAUCCCAUUCCUAGCAUAUCUUGCUGGUGUUUUGAAAGACAACUCACGCUUUCCAUAUGAGCCUCCAAUUGGAAGCAAAAGGUUCCGUGAUCUUAUUGCAGGUUUCAUGAAAACAUACCACCAUGUACCGCUUAGUGCUGAUAAUGUUGCUGUUUUCCCUUCGAGGGCUACGGCUAUUGAGAAUGCUCUCCGGUUGUUCACUCCACGUCUUGCCAUUGUUGAUGAACAUCUUACCCGACACCUACCCAGGCAAUGGUUAACAUCAUUAGAAAUUGAGCAAAAAAAGGACAACAGAACUUCAGCAGAUGAAAUCACUGUUAUUGAAGCACCACGCCAGUCAGAUUUGAUGAUAGAGCUGAUAAAAAAGUUAAGGCCACAAGUGGUGGUCACAGGAAUUGCCCAAUUCGAGGCCAUUACUAGUUCAGCUUUUGAACACCUUCUGCGUACUACAAGGGAAAUCGGAUCUCGUCUUUUCAUAGACAUAUCUGACCAGUUUGAGCUUUCCAGCCUUCCCAGUUCAAUUGGGGUCUUGAAAUAUCUUGCUAGAACUCCACUGCCUUCUCAUGUGGUCAUUAUAUGUGGCUUGUUAAGAAAUCAGGUUUAUACAGAUCUCGAAGUAGCUUUUGUGAUAUCAGAAGAGAAAACCAUUUUUGACGCAUUGUCGAAGAGUGUGGAACUGCUACAAGGCAAUACUGCCUUGAUUAGCCAAUAUUAUUAUGGCUGUCUUUUCCAUGAGCUUCUGUCCUUUAAGCUUCCUGAUAGACAUCCACCUGCAGAGAGGCAAGUUGAGGAUGUGAAAUCUAGCGAGAUGAUAGGAUUUUCAUGUUCUGUAAUCUCGGUUCUGAGUCAGGCGGAAUUAUCAGUUAGAGAGACAGAUAAAUCGGCUCUGAUUCACAUGGAUGUGGAUCAAAUAUUUCUUCCUACACCAACCCCAGUUAAGGCUGCCAUCUUUGAAAGUUUUGCAAGGCAGAAUGUGACAGAAUCAGAGUGUGAUGUUACGCCCAGCAUUAGGCAAUUUAUCAAGGAUGCGUAUGGCUUCUCAGCUGAUUACAGUGCAGAAUUCAUAUAUGCAGACUUUCCGCUAGCCCUUUUCAAUAAGAUGGUUCUCUGCUGCAUUGAAGAAGGGGGAAGCCUAUGCAUACCAGCUGGAUCAAAUGGCAAUUAUGUAUCAGCUGCCAAGUUUUUAGCCGCAAAAAUUGUUUCUAUCCCUACCCAAGCUGAAACAGGUUUCAAGCUAACGGAGAAGCAACUUACUAGUGUAUUGGAGACUGUUAGUAAACCAUGGGUCUAUAUUUCUGGUCCAACAAUAAACCCUACAGGCUUGCUUUACAGCAAUGAAGAGAUGAAAAGUUUGCUGACAGUUUGUGCUAAAUAUGGCGCAAGGGUCAUUAUAGAUACUUCAUUCUCAGGGGUCGAAUUCAACUUGAAGGGUUGGAAUGGCUGGAAUUUGGAUGGAAUUUUAACAAAAUUAACUUCAUCUGGAAAGCUGUCUUUCAGUGUGUGUCUGCUUGGAGGGUUGUUCUUCAAGAUGCCUACUGGAGGGCUUGCAUACGGAUUUCUAGUUCUAAACCAUCGAUUUUUGGCUGAUGCAUUUCACAGCUUCUCGGGGUUAAACAAACCUCACAGCACUAUUAGAUAUACUGCAAAGAAAUUGCUAGAUCUUAGAGAGCAGAACGUAGGAGAUCUAACAGAUGCUGUUGAAGGACAGGGGAAACUUCUGGCUACUAGAUUGAAUCGUUUGAAAGAGACACUCAAGAGUUGCGGAUGGGAAGUGGUUGAAGCAUGUGGGGGCGUUUCUGUAAUUGCAAAGCCAUCUGCUUAUCUUGGCAAAAGCUUUAAGCUCGAGAAAGAUGGUUCUACAUGGGAAGCCAAACUGAAUGACACCAACAUCCGAGAAGCAAUGCUGAGAGCCACUGGUUUGUGUAUCAACGGAGCUUCAUGGACUGGGAUUCCAGGCUAUUGCCGUUUCACGUUAGCCCUGGAAGAUGGUGAUUUUGACCGUGCUUUGGAUUGCAUCGUUAAAUUCAGGCAAGUAGUCAAGUAAGUUGGUGAUCCUUUUCUUUUCUAUUCAUGGCAGCUAUCAAUCGUAUUUUCUUUUUUGGCAUUACGACUUGGUUGUCGUGAAAUAAGCCAUAUAUUGUUCAUGCUACUGAACUACAGUUACUGUGUGAUUUUCCACAAGUUUCAAGUGUUGAUAACCAAAAAGAACUGACCUAAUUUGAGAGA